GAGGGGGCCCGACUCAGGAAGAGCCACACCACCCAGCACUCAGAAGAAAGAGGAAGCUGCCUACCAAAACCAAGUUGAAUCUCUCAGGCAUUUUUCUGAGGAGAACCUACAAUCAAGAAAAUCAAGGGGGAUUGGUUGGCUGAGGCAGGAGUGAGAUGACUCAUCAACUUGCUGUUGCCCUUUCUCUAUUCUUGACUUAUUCAGCAAAUAUUUACUGAAUGUCCACACUGUUUGGACUCAGAAGAGGUUAUAGAGGAAACAGUUAUGGCUGCAGACAGUGUCAGGAUCUGCUUCCAGAGGGCAAGCAAGCUCUACAUUCUGUUGCCAUACUUCCGUUCGCCUUCAUUGUUUUCUUGCGCGCAUGUGCGCACUUCAUUUCCGGGCUGGCCUACGUUCGUUUGGCACCACGCCUGCGCAAUCUCAUCCCCGCCCCCUCCACCCCGGAAACGCUUCCUUCCUACGCAGCCGCUACAGCCUCUGCAGCCGGUGGACCUUUGCCUCUCUAGGCCGGUAGGGCCUCUCCUCCAUGGUCCUGACUGUCAGCACCGUUUCGGUAGCCAGUCGGUGCGGCUGGGCCGCGCUCGGACGCCUCGGAUCCUCGAGACCGUAACCGGUGCAGGGGCGGCCCGGGGCCCAUGGCGCGGCGGCGGCGCUGACCCGGGCCCGGGCAGCAGCCGGGCCCCGGGGGCCGGCAUGGCGGGCCAGUUCCGCAGCUACGUGUGGGACCCGUUGCUGAUCCUGUCGCAGAUCGUCCUCAUGCAGACCGUCUAUUACGGCUCGCUGGGCCUGUGGCUGGCGCUGGUGGACGGGCUGGUGCACAGCAGCCCCUCGCUGGACCAGGUGUUCGACGCCGAGAUCCUGGGCUUUUCCACCCCUCCAGGCCGGCUCUCCACGAUGUCCUUCGUCCUCAACGCCCUCACCUGUGCCCUGGGCUUGCUGUACUUCAUCCGGCGAGGGAAGCAGUGUCUGGAUUUCACGGUCACUGUCCAUUUCUUUCACCUCCUGGGCUGCUGGCUCUACAGCUCCCGUUUCCCCUCGGCGCUGACCUGGUGGCUGGUCCAGGCUGUGUGCAUUGCGCUCAUGGCUGUCAUCGGGGAGUACCUAUGCAUGCGGUCGGAGCUCAAGGAGAUCCCCCUCAACUCAGCCCCGAAGUCCAGUGUGUAGUGUCGGGUCCUUUGGACACCCUGCUGGGCACUUGACCACCCUUCCAACCCCUUGGGCUGCUCGGACCACCAGAUGAGGUCCAGCCCAGGCCUGAGAGGAACCCGGGAAAUGUGAAGUCUUGGUUGGUGUUGGGGAGAGAGUGAGGCCCCCGUCAAGAAGGUGGGUAGCGGGCAGGAUGAGAGCUGCAAGAACCACUUCUGUCCACAGAAGCCUUGGUGUCUGGGAGGUCAGCGUGGGCACCUCUUUCAGGGUCAUAGCAGAAUUGGAACCAUGUCAUUCUUGAGCCACCAUACCUGUCACCAGCCUGUUAUUUUAAAAAGGAAAAAAAAAAAUCAAAGAUAUCUGAUCGGAGCAAACCACUCUUCUAGCCAUCUGUCUUACCUCCUGGGACAGCCGUUACAUACCUUUGCCACGUUGCCCUGACUGCACCUGUUCAGUUGGAACAACCCUUGGUUUCUGGAUCCAGAGCCACAGAAGGAGAUGUAGGUGCCCAGUAAGUAGCAGGCUGCUGUCAGGCAGAGAAUGGCAGGUGGAGGCAUCAAGCAGGGAAAAAAAAAAACCCAAAAAACGCACAGCCGGUGUCCUGCUGCACACACGCGCGCACACACCCCUGAACCCCGUGACUGUCUUCCGGUUCUCUCUGCUGGGUCCCCACGCUGCUGCCGGCUUUCCACAUAGUGGGCGGAGGACCCAGAGAAGAAUCCCAGCAUAGCUGUCCGUCUCGUGUUUGACUUGGCGUCACAGCCUGUUCUCUAGGAAUGACCGGGCUCUCCGGCUCCCACAGACCUCCGUUCUGGCGGUACUUCCGUCUUCCCGCCUUAUUUGGAAUCCCACAGUGGGAGGGAACCGUGAGCGCCCAGACCCAGGGAGUCCAGCCUUGCAGCUUGAGGUGUACUUGAUUGUACCAUAGGAGAUAGGAAUUUGCUACCAAGCUGUUUCUUAGAGGUGGAGUGUCCUCUGUGAGGGGGCUUGCAGCUGCCCUUCCUGUGUACAUAAAUACAGUAUUUUCCACGGUU